CACAAAAAAUAAGAGUGACUCGAUAUUUGUUUGUUGGCCCGUGGUUCUGUGUGAGAGAGAGCAGCAGGAGGAAGACUGGUGCCUUUCUUUAGAGCUGACGGGGACGGACAGAUAACAAUAACGAAUACGUGGUCAUACCCGAUUCACUCUGCUUCUGAGUCGCGCCGGUCAAUAAAAGUUCACUUUUGGAAGACGUAAAAAUGGGGAUCCGCAAAAAAACCAACAAGAACCCGCCGGUGUUGAGCCACGAGUUUAUCAUCCAGAACCAUGCAGAUAUUGUUUCCUGUGUUGCUAUGGUGUUCCUCCUCGGGUUGAUGUUUGAGGUCACCUCGAAGGUUGCAGUGCUGUUCAUCACUGUCCAAUACAACAUUACAAUCUCUGCAAACGAGGGCCUGCCAGAGGAGAGCGUGGUGAACCACUUCCACCACGGUCUGAAGGAUGUGGCUACAGUCUUCUUCUACAUGCUGGUGGCCAUCAUUAUCCACGCCAUCAUUCAGGAGUAUGUACUGGACAAGAUCAACCGGAAGAUGCACUUCUCUAAGACCAAGCACAGCAAGUUCAACGAGUCAGGCCAGCUCUCUGUCUUCUACCUGUUCUCCUUCGGAUGGGGAACCAACAUCCUCAUGUCGGAGAACUUCCUGUCCAACCCAGUGAAUCUGUGGGAAGGCUACCCUCAUACCUUGAUGCCGUUCCAGAUGAAGUUCUUUUUCAUCUGUCAGAUGGGCUACUGGCUUCACGCUCUCCCCGAGCUCUACUUCCAGAAGACCAAGAAAGAGGAUAUUCCUCGUCAGUUGGUGUAUAUCGCUCUGUACUUGGUCCACAUCGCAGGAGCAUACAUCCUCAAUCUGAAUCGUCUGGCUCUGGUCCUGCUGGUGUUGCACUGCUUUGUAGAGCUUCUCUUCCAUGUGUCCCGCCUGGUCUACUUCAGCAACGAGAAGAGACAGACUGGGUUUACUGUCUGGGCAGUACUGUUUGUUCUUGGACGGCUGCUCACCCUGUCCCUGUCUGUCCUGACUGUGGGUUUCGGCCUGGCCAACGCUGAUCAACAGGUACUGGACCUGGCCAACGGAAACUUCAAUGUACUCUUCGUUCGGAUCACUGUGCUGGCGACCAUCUGUGUGACUCAGGCCUUCAUGAUGUGGAAGUUCAUCAACUUCCAGCUGAGGAGGUGGAGAGAGCAGGCCCAGGCCCAGCCCGUGAAACCCAAGAAGCCCCAAGCUCCCAAGAGCAAGUCCAAGAAAGACAAAGCCAAUGGAAUGAACGGAGUAAGUUCCAACGGAGCUGAUUCGCCGAGAUCAAAGAAAGAGAAGUCCUCAUAAAGUCCCCCUUCAACCCCUACCCACCCCAAAAAGACUCCCUUUUAUCCUGUCCCCCUCUACCAUCCAGCCCCUACCCACCCCAAAAAUACUCCCUUUUUAUCCUGUCCCCCUCUACCCCUCCAACCCCUACCCACCCCAAAAAGACUCCCUUUUAUCCUGUCCCCCUCAGGCUGCACCCAGCCUUCUCAUGCCACUGCUCUAGCUGUUGUCAACAGCCCAAUCCCAAAUCCACCCCUAUGCCAGGGAUCAGGCCAAGUUUUUUUCUUGAGUAGAUGAUCAGGGGGCCGGAGCAUAAUUACAAAUAUUUUGAAGACUUCAAAUUGACCGCAAAGAAGCCCAAACUGAUAGAAUAUUUGACUAAAACAUAAUAAUUUCAAAUCUUGCUUACGUUUGUAUACAAUCACUUUGGAACAUAUUUCUCAAAUUUAAAAUGACUUGGAGCUGAUUGGCUGGUGUUUCUAGUCUUGUUUCCAGCAAUAAAAAUAAAAACUUUUUUAAUUUUUUGGUUAACUAUGGGCCUCCAGUUGGGGAACCCUGGCCCCCCCCUAAGCACUUCUGAAGAUCAACAUGUAUUGAAUUGGUAUAAGCAGUAUGGUGAAACUUCAACCUAGAUCUUAUCUGAAGGACUACAGCUCCUCCCAGUAGGACUCCAAACUCCACAAUGCAUCUUAGCUUUAUCUGCUCCUUGCCAAUCUCAAGUGAUCCCGAUUUUCCCAUAUUGUCACGUGCCAUUACUACAGAGAAAAAAAUUACAAAAAUAAAAUAUAUAUAUAACUUAUUUAAGUGCCUAAUGAUACAGAUUGUUUUGUACAGUUUUAAAAUUUCAGGAAUGAUGGAGAAAAAAAAUCAGUGUUUUCAGUUAUCUGUUUCUAAAGUCAAACAUUUCAUAUGCCAUUUUUUUUUUUUUCAACA